UCGAGGCUCCUUCACAUUAGCAUUAUGUUCUAGGUUUUUUACUCGAUUCAGAAAAGCAAAACCAACAAAAAGACGAGAAGUUGUAGAAUCAAAGAAAUCAUGUCUUGUUCUCUUCCGAUGGAGUUGAUCAUCAGCAUUCUCUACCGAUUACGAGUGAAGAGUCUUAUUUGCUUCAAAAGCGUAUCGAAGCGCUGGAAAUCUCUUGUGGAGGACCCAGAUUUCGUUGAGUCUUACAUGGAUCAACAGAAAGUCAAAACCAAGCAAUUGAUUUUGCAAUGCGAUUUAACAAGUCGCUUCCUAGCAAUGGAUUUGGAUUCGCUGGACAAAUCGAGAAUUGUCAACCUGCCUAAGCUUCGAAGGUCUUAUCGACGGAUCGACCUGAUUGGUUCAUAUAACGGAUUGGUAAGUCUUUGUUGUACUUUCAGUAAUUUGGAUGAUGCAAUAGUAGUUGAUUUUAUUAUCUGGAACAUGGCAACUGGAGAACAUCUAAUCAUACCCCUUGAAUUGCCCCAUCCUCCUGAAUAUACUUUUUUGGCACAAGGCUUUGGAUACGAUGGUGUUCGUGAUGAUUAUAAGGUUAUCAGAGCAUUUAAACCUGGCCGAGAUGGUGGUGCUGAUUUGGUAACGAUGGUUUAUAGCCUGAAGAAACAUGAAUGGGUGUGGAGCAUUAUAAAGUCCCCUGGAUAUCAUUUCGAUGAUCGAUCGGCAGCAGGAUCACUAGUUAAUGGAGCUCUCCAUUGGUGUGCAUUCGAAAAUUAUGCAUUGGAUCGAAUUAUUGUUUCUUUUGAUCUCAACACUGAAGAAUAUCAUAAGGUACCCCUACCAAUGAUGGCCCACGAUCCCUUACCACGUAUGGAGGACGAGCUCGAAUCACUUGAGCUGGCUGUCUUGGGAGAUUCUCUUUGUAUAUUGGUUUUCCAUGAUUAUGAUGUGGGGGACAUUGAUAUAUGGGUGAUGAAGGAGUAUAUGGUAAAAGAGUCAUGGACCAAAGUCUACUCGCUAAGACUGAAAAUUUACGUAAGACCUUUAGUUUUUUCAACAAGUGGUUAUGACACCCUCUUGCUGAUGGACUACGAAGAAUAUCAAAAUAGAGUUUACUGGUACAACCCAUCAUUGAAGGAAGAAGUCCAGAUAUUUGAAACUCCUUGUACAGAGAAUUUUGCUUCAAUGGUUUAUGAAGAGAGUCUAACCCUAAUUGUGGGAUCAAAAGGAACUAGAGGUAAGCCUACAAUAAAACGUAGAGAGAAAUGAGCAAUGGCUGCAUUUAGAUUGUGAUCUUGCAGUUAUAUUUUUCUUUUGGUUGUAUUACCUGUGUAGAUGCUAUAUCAAUUUGGCAUUUUGUUUGCUUGUAAACACUGAAGACCUUAUGUUUCUCCCCCCUUGGGUGUGUGUGUUUUCUUCUUCUGUGAGCGUGCUAUCUUGUUGUGGUUAAAGUCUGAGUUUUGGGUUAAAGACCUUCUGUUUUCUCCCUCUUGGUUGUGUGUGUCUUCUCUUCUGUGUGUGUGUUUUUGUUGUGGUUAAAAGUCUCCUGUGAGCAGCUGGGUUUGGGGCUGAAGACCUUAUGUCUUCUUCCCCUUGGGUGUGUGUGUUUUCUUCUUCUGUGAGCGUGCUAUCUUGUUGUGGUUAAAGUGAGCAGCUGGGUUUUGGGCUGAAGACCUUAUGUCUUCUUCCCCUUGGGUGCGUGUGUUUUCUUCUUCUGUGUGUGUGCUCUCUUGUUGUGAUUAAAGUCUCCUGUGAGUUGCUGGGUUGUGUUUUCUUCUCUUCUGUGAGUGUGCCUCUAUGUGCCAAAGGAUGUAAUUGAUUGGAUUAACAGCACUUUUGGAAAGUGGAGAUUGUGUUUGAGGAGGUUUCGAACUCUCAUGGGCCGAGAUACACGUAUGAUGAAGAAAUCUCAAAGGAUAGGGAUGCCUCCACCAUGGUUUCACCCUACCACCCUACUCAUGUUCACUAACCAGGCCUUCUAAGUCACCACUUACUUGGAAGGAAGGAAAGAAGAUCUUCUCCAUCACGGUUCUGAGUGUCGAAACUGCUGCAUCACUGGAAACAUUAGUCAUACAAAACCUUUUAAGAGUCUACACCUUCUCUUCAACACCUUUACUUGAUCGGAAGUAUAUCUUUUUGGUCAACAUUCAUCAUUUGCAGACUCUUUACAUCUGAUAUGCAAAAAAGGAUGGCAAGCUAAUAAGUCUACAUGUAUACUCACGUACCAUGUCAUCUUCACCUUCUUUUCUUUGUACUUUUGUCUUUGUUGUUGGUCUGUUCUUUUGCUUCCUGGUCAUAUUUUUAUUUAUUAUCUUGUAUUUUGGAUUCAGGAUUUGGGGGACUGUCCCUUUUCCUCUGUUUAGGCCAUCACCUGAAAUGCCCUUUUGUUUCUCUUUGUUUUUCCUUCAAUAUAUCGAGGCUUAUCAAAAAAAAAAAAAACUAAACGCCUACAGUCGAUGAAUAUGCGAUUGAACAUUACAAA